AUGCAUAUUAACUAUAAUACCAUGACAACAACAUCUGCAACACUGCACAAUGAUGUUUACCAGUCAAAUUUACUAGAAUUAAUAUGGCCGUACAUCAGUCAAGUAACUAGAGAUGAUCUUACUGGUCAACGAAAACGGAUAACACCGGAUCAAGCAGAUUGGAGUGUGUUGUGCUGUUCGCUUGGUCCAUUGUACAGUUUUCUUAUGCUUGUAUGUGUACCAAUUUUAAAUUCAACGCCAUUAUCUUGUGCGUCUGCUGCCGCCACCGCUGCCGCUGCUUUUCCUGCCACUACGAACACUAGUACUAUUGAUUCAACUGGAAGUUGUAGAAUGGAAAAUAUUUCUGCUCCUUCUUCAACUAAUACUGUUGCUGUUGCUAUGGAUAAUACUCAUUUAGUUUCGAAAACAGAUGCAUCAAAUAAAAGUUUACAGAGUGAAUUCACGAAUUAUCGUAUUAUGGCAUUCGACUUACUCAGUCAACAAUAUGAUUUAGUCGUUGGUCGAAAAAACUCAAACGAGGUUGAUUCAAAUGGACAAAAUGCAGGAAUAGAUUAUACUAUGGAUCGAUUAAUAAUCUCACAGCGCCGCUUUUGGAUUACAUUAGUUAAUAACCUGUUAGAUUUGACAAAUCGUCUUCUACCGACAUGUGAUGAAACCUUUCAACAAAAUAAUAUCUUACCGUGGUUAUUCAACUUGGCGGAAAUGAAUAACGCCUUGCCAAGGUUAGAUCUACGCAUGGAAUUGGCUAAUCAUUUGUUCACUGUGUUCUCAACAGCUGCGUACUCUGUACAAAAUGAGCAAAGUAUUCUUCAGUGGUUAGUACCAGGUUUAGACCGUAUACGCUUAGAUUUGAUUGAGUGUGGAGAUAAUCGUCGUGUUCGUGAAGUAGAACAAUUCCUAACUGAUUUAUAUUCUAGUCUUCGCUUAAAUGACCAAGGACGUCCAAUAUGUGCAUUUAAUUCAUCGGUUAAGGAUACAAACAACAGUGUUCGCUCUAGUGUAUCAACACGCUGGAGUAAACUGACCUCAUUCAAUAGCUCGAAUACUAGUACGAUGAACAGUAGUGGUGGCGGAAACGGCACUACUGGAGGCAGUAAUAAUAAUACUGCUGCUUCUACUACUAUUACUGCUACAAUUACUACUACUACUACCACUAAUAUCAGCACUCCUACCACCUUGGAUCACAGCUGUAAUUCUCCACCGCAAGUUGAAGCGAAGAAAUCACAAUCACGAACAAAAAAUUCACGUUUUACUUUUCGUAAGCACUAG